AUGUUCCCAUCUAAGACAGAACACCGGGCCGGGCCUACUUCUUUCCUCGGACUUUUGGGGCUUUUUCCCACUCUCCACCGGCUACAACAAGCAUCAUUUAAGAUGUCUGACAACGGGAGCAGCAUUGAUGGCCUACAAGACUCAGAAAAAAGAAGCCUGCUCAAUAGCCCGGAGGAGCGGUCUGAAGCGGAUGAGACGAGAGAGACAUCUUCAGACACCGAACCGAGCUUGAAUUUGACCACAGAUGACGGCAUCCUCUGCCAGGCCACCCCAGAAAGUCAAGGCACAGACGCAGAAAGUUCAGCUGAAAACAUCAACUUUGAAAGCACGGAAGAUUCGGACCAGUUCUUCAUCUGUGAGGAAACCCUGUUCCCUUAUGACCCAGCAGAAGAGGAGGAGCAAGGAGCGGAAGAGGAGAGAGGAGCGGCCGGAGGACAGCCUCAGGUACAGUGCCCUGAAGCUAACCGUGAUCAGUAUUUAUCAGAUGAGGAUCGGGCCCUGGAGGACUGGGUGUCCUCCGAAACAUCUGCCCUGCCCCGCCCUCGCUGGCAAGUUAUUUCCGCUCUUCGAGAGCGGCAGCUGGGUUCCAGUGCCCGCUUCGUUUAUGAGGCCUGUGGGGCGAGAGUCUUUGUGCAGCGUUUCCACCUGCUCUAUGAGCUUGAAGGCCAUCAUGGUUGUGUCAAUACUGUGCACUUUAACCAGCGUGGCACCUGGCUGGCCAGUAGCAGUGAUGAUCUUAAAGUGAUAGUGUGGGACUGGGUGCGUCAGCAGCCAGUACUGGAGUUUGCGAGUGGCCACAAAAAUAAUGUCUUUCAAGCCAAGUUCCUUCCCAAUUGUGGUGAUACCACCUUGGCCAUGUGUGCCCGUGAUGGGCAGAUACGCAUAGCAGAGCUCUCUGCUUUACCACACUGUAAGAAUACUAAGCGUGUGGCCCAGCACAGGGGAGCCUCCCAUAAGUUGGCUCUGGAGCCAGACUCCCCUUUUCAAUUCCUAACUUCAGGGGAAGAUGCAGUUGUUUUCGCCAUUGACCUCAGACAAGGCCGGCCAGCUUCCAGAGUGGUGGUAACCAAAGAGAGGGAGAAGAAGGUGGGGCUGUAUGCGAUCCAUGUGAAUCCUGCCAAUACUUACCAGUUUGCAGUGGGCGGAAGAGAUCAGUUUGUAAGAAUUUAUGACCAGAGGAAAAUUAAUGAGAAUGAGAAUAAUGGGGUACUUAAGAAAUUCUGUCCCCAUCACCUAGUCAACUGUGAUUCCAAAGCAAACAUCACCUGCCUCGUGUACAGCCACGAUGGCACAGAGCUCCUGACCAGUUAUAAUGAUGAAGAUAUUUAUCUCUUCAACUCCUCUGAUGGAGAUGGAGCCCAGUAUGUUAAGAGAUACAAGGGUCACAGAAAUAAUGCCACAAUCAAAGGUGUCAAUUUCUAUGGCCCCAGAAGUGAGUUUGUUGUGAGCGGCAGUGAUUGUGGGCACAUCUUCUUCUGGGAAAAAUCAUCUUGCCAGAUCGUUCAGUUCAUGGAGGGGGACAAGGGAGGCACCAUAAACUGUCUUGAGCCCCAUCCUUACCUACCUGUGCUCGCGACCAGUGGCCUAGAUCAUGAUGCUAAGAUCUGGGCACCCACAGCUAAAGCUACCACUGAGCUGAUUGGGUUAAAGAAUAUGAUCAAGAGAAACAAGCGAGAACGAGAUGAAGAUCGCAUACACCACACUGACCUGUUUGACAGCCACAUGCUUUGGUUCCUCAUGCGUCACCUGACACAGAGAGGUCAUCGCCAGCACUGGGGAGCUCCUGAAGCUGGAGCCAUGGAUGCAGAAUCAGAUGGGUCUUCCAGUACCUCCAAUUCAUCUGAGGAAGAAGAGAACCAAGACCGUGUGCAGUGCCUGCCGUCCUGA